CAGAUGUUGAUGAAGAUUGCCAUCACAACCUGCCUUGUUGCGGUUGCAACCUGCUUCAACCCAUCUGCAACAGUACCAAAGAGGGUGACUAGAUCAUGCACUAUGCAGAUGGAUGGCGCGAUUUCUCGCAGAUCUGCCCUCCUCCUCGCAGGGCUCUCACUGAUCUCGAGACCGGUUCUUGCCGACGACUCCUUCUCGUUCGAUGGCUCUUACUCGGAUCCGAAGCAUCCCGGAUGUGCUCGCAACGUCAUGUCCAAGAACGACAACGAGGCGGAGAUCUCGGGAGUCGACGGGAACCCUGGCUGCUCCGCCGGCAAUGCCGAUGUGCAGAAGCCAUGGAGACUGAACGGGAAGGUGGACGGGAAGAAAAUCUUUGUUGACUUCUCGCCAAAGGGCGGCCCUAAAGAUCUCCUUGGAAACUGGGAGGAUGACGGCAUUCGCUGGCCUGACAACAACAAGUGGACCAAGAUCACACAGAAAACUUAUCCUCAGGAUUUGUAAUGUGACUGUCCCUGAGUGAUGCUCUAGGUUAACAGUAGAGGUUCAAGGAGGUAGAAGAGAGUAUGUCGUCUGAUUUAAGGAAUGAAAGGUAUUCUCGU